UCUUUUGUCGUGAGUGCACCAGCCAACACAAGAAGGCAUGUAUCUCCUGCUGCCAUUUGUUGGACGGGAUCAUGGCUCAGAUGAAGUUCAAAUGCAACUUCUGCGACUCUGGAAAUAUCUCCUACUUCAGGUUUUUGGGACACGUGUGCGACCACCCCCUCCCUCGCGAGGUUGUGGGUCAGCAGAUCGAGUCCGUCUUUGCUUUGGGGGAGUGCACCCUCACCGCGGAUCUCCUUGCCUGUUCUGAAUGCAGCCUUCCGCUCCGACCUCCCAUUUUCAGGCAUCUCUCUCGUAACAGUCCUGUUUGUAGCGCCUGCUACUGUGGUGAUAUCCACAAUUACCUUCACUACAGGGAACUCGACUACCUCGUCCAAGGUAUCACAGUGAAAUGUGUGGCUUGUGAAGAAUACCUUCCAUUCUCCACCUUGGCUUCGCACCAGCUGGACGAUUGCCCAUUCAAGCAUAAAUUGCAAAAGAUCGCCCCAGGCUCAAGUGCCCAGAAAAACUUGUGUGAUGAAGAGGAAACCGAGAUGGGCAGCAAUAGUAUCCAUGAUGAAGAUGAAACUGAGAGACCUACAGCGCGCAACAGUUCUAUCCAUGGAAAAAACAAGUGAAAGGCUUGUUAUGAGGUUGGUAAAAUGGGCAAGCACAUUGUUCAUGGUGAUGCGGUUGGGAAUGAUGAUGACUCAUCUGAUGACAACCAUGUAAGUUUAUUAGUGAUCGAACCAUUUGUAUGCUCUCAUCCUCGUGAUAAUUCAUCUUGGGUACAUCUACAUGAAGUUGGCCUGCUGUUCUGACUAGGUCCUGAGUGGUGUGUUUUUGUUGUGAUUAGAUCUAAAGUGGUAUUUGGACUACAGUUUGAUGAUGUGCCACCAAUGGCGGAGGCACCAGUGAGCCACUUGUAUGCUUGGCAUGAGUAACCCAUAUAUAGAAUUAUUCAAUAGGCUCAGCACUAACCUGGCAUUAGCCAUGGGCCAAUCAAAUUGCUAUUGCUGAUGCUUACUACGUAUCGAAUCCAUAUGCUGGCCCACAUCAACCCUAUGAAAUCACUAUUGUUACCUACUUACUGUGUGCAUCUCACUAUUGUAUUGAUCGACGAGUUCUAACGUUAUUCUAUUGUGUUUAAAACCAAUACAAGUAUUAUUAUUCCUAUAGUAAUGUUAUCAUGUUUUAUGAUGUGGUAUAACCGCAUAAUUAUAAUAUACUAUGUAGUAUACCACUAGAUGUUCCUUUUUUAGCCCCUCUGUUUGGAAAAAGGGCAGCCCAGUGCAUGUGCUUCAGCUUGCGCGGGGUUUGGGGAAGGGUCAGACCCACUUGGGUCUGUAGUACGUAGCCUUUCCCCUACAUUUCUGCAAGAGGCUGUUUCCAUGACUCGAACUUGUGACCUCCUGGUCACAAGGCAGCAGCUUUACCACUGGCCAAGGCUCCCCUUCAGCACCUCUCUUUGGAAAUUUCUAAAAAUGCGUGUUUGGUGUUUGUACUUUUCUCUAUAUGCAUCUUCAAUAUUGGCUGUUUCAUGUGCAUCUUUCGUACCUUAGCCUCGAGUAGCACCAUUGUUUGUUUGUCAAGAGCUUCUUGGGUUCUACGUGCACAUGCAUGUGGUGUACCAUAUAAGAAAAGAUAAUAUUGACAAUAUGUCCCAUAGUUGAAGCUAUUGCCAAAAUACAGCUUAACAUCUGACUCUCAUGUGUGCGUGUGUUUGUUCA